UUUAAAAGCACACUUUAAUGUCCCAGCGGCCGCACCCGCGGAUCUUCUUCUCGCGCGCGGUCUCCUGAACGGGGCUGCCAAAGCCAUGCCUCUCGCUCCCGGAGCGCGGAGGCACCGCCUGGGGCCGCCCUCACCUCACGGCAACGGUCGCGCGGGCCGAAACAAGCGGCUCCCGGUCGUGACGCUCCCGCCGCGCUCCACACGCCUCGCCCCGGGCGAGGAACCCCCGGAAAGCGCGCGGCCGCUCCCUCAGCUCCCCCCGCAGCCGUUACACCGCCCAGCAACGGCCACCACGGGGAUCGCGCCCACUGCUCCCCGCCGCCGCCACCCUCACGGGCACGGCGCACGCGCGUCGGUUGCCGUCGCUUCCGUGUCCGCCUUCCUGACCAAUGAGCGUGCGAAAAGACAGUUUGCCCCGCCCCCCGUUCCCCCCCAUGACCCGUUCUGGCUCUCGCGAGACUUUGCCAGAGCGUGACAAGGCGGGGCGGGAGCGAGGUGAGGGGAGUGGCGCCGGCGGAGCGGGUGAGCGUCGGUGGUGUUAUUUGCGGGCCGUGGGGACGCGGUGGCCCUGGGGCGGCUCUGAGGAGAUCACCUUAUACUUAAAGAUGGCUGCUGAUACAUCUGUUGAAAUACUUCAGAAAGUUCUGGAGAAUGAAAUACUUCAGACUGCCAAGGUGGUGGAAGAACAUCUGGAUGCUGAAAUGCAGAAGCUCGACCAAAUGGAUGAAGAUGAGUUGGAACACCUGAAACAAAGGAGACUUGAAGCACUGAAAAAGGCCCAGCAGCAGAAACAAGAGUGGCUUUCUAAAGGACAUGGAGAGUACAGAGAAAUCCCAAGUGAGAGAGACUUUUUCCAAGAAGUCAAAGAAAGUAAAAAUGUGGUUUGCCACUUCUACAGAGAUACAACUUUCAGGUGCCAAAUAAUGGACAAGCAUUUGACUGUAUUGGCAAAAAAACACGUUGAGACAAAAUUCUUGAAGUUAAAUGCAGAAAAAUCUCCUUUCUUGUGUGAGAGACUGCGCAUCAAAGUAAUUCCAACUGUAGCACUAAUAAAAGAUGGAAAAACACAAGACUAUAUUGUUGGCUUCACUGAUCUCGGUAACACUGAUGACUUCACUACGGAGACCUUAGAAUGGAGAUUAGGCUGUGCAGACAUAAUUAAUUACAGUGGAAACUUGAUGGAGCCACCCUUUCAAAGCCAAAAGAAAUUUGGAACAAGCUUUACAAAGUUGGAUAAGAAGACCAUCAGAGGAAAGAAAUAUGAUUCAGAUUCUGAUGACGACUAGAACAGCUAAAUCUAUUUAUAAAUCAUGUUUUGUUUAUGCUUGGUACAUUUUUAAGAAUGAUUUUUGUAAAUCUUAUUUCUUUUCAUUACAUCUGCGCAUAAUGCUCACUUUUUCUAUACAGUUUUAUACAACUGGGUCAUAUCAGAAGAGAGCCUAAAAUAUUUUUUUUCUCUCUUUUGGAAGUCAUUUGUAACUCAAAAAUCAAAGUCCUAACUAAGUCACGUGUUGCAAACAAUGAACUUUGUCUAACUGUACAUUUAUGAAAUGUUGUGAAGUAACUGUUAGGAACAGCUGUACCAAGUCAGACCAAAGGUCCAUCUGGCCCUGUAUCCAGUCUCAGCGGCCAAAAGCAGAUGCACAAGGAAGAGUAAAAGCAGGGUAAGCAGAUAGUGAUGCUUCUUCAGGAAAUAGUUUGAGCAAUUUCUGGUUUGGGGAACUCUGUCUGAAAACAUUUGUUGGAUAAAAAGAAAACAAAUCUUUUUAACCAUCAUUACACCUUUAUAGCUUUCACAUCAUUUGGCAAGGAGUCCACGACUUCACUGUGUUGUGUCAAGAACUACUUUCCUAUUGUUUUCCUAUAAUUUUAUUGAAUUUAAGCUCCUUUUUUUUUUUUUUUAAAUUUUUUUCAUUAAAGGAGACAAGAAGCAAUUCAAUUUUUCUCUAUCUGUUCAUCUUCCAGUUCUCUUCAAACUUACAACUAUUUAUUGUCAGUAAAGCACCACAAGUUAUUGGUACAGGAAUUGUACAUUUUAAUAGAGGAUUGCUUACCUCGUGGUGCCAUGUCACGACAUUGCAUAACUUAACCACAUUGCACUGUAAGCUGUAAAACAGGUUUGUAUAGUUACAUGGUUUUGAAUGUGUGGAUUUUUUUAGCAGAUGCUUUGUACAAGAGAGUGGGCUAGAGAAAAGAAUUAAGGAGAAACCUUGAUCUGUUUAGAUAUAGCUCAGCAUUCUGUGUAUUGUUUCUUCAGUAAUGGGCUGAAUUUUCAAGGGAGAGCAUCUUUGGAACAUGAUAUACAUUUUCUGGGUAGGUGAAGAGUUGAAUUUUUUUUUUUCUUUUAUUCUCAAAAUCAUGGUUUGCUGUGUGCUGGAGGACUCUUUCUAAGGUGAUACUUUGAAUUGGCCCCCCAAAAAAAUGAAGUGGUUCUUCCUGCCUUGUAGUGGAGAAUGCCAUUGGGCCAGCCCAGCAAUAUAACCCUGCAAGAAAGUCUAAACAAUAAUUAUUAUAUUUUAUUUCAGUUCACGUACAUUGAAAUAAAAUUAU